ACAAACACGUCAAUUGCAACAGUAAGGAACAUCUUCACUCAAGCCAAUAGUUCUGAUUUGAUCACAGUGUUUAGAACGCCUGGCAAAAAACGUUCCAAAGCAAAACCGAUCACAAAUAUCGAUAACUUCGACCAAGGUGUAAUAAAGAGGUGCAUUCAUAACUUUCACCAGACAAAUAACGAACUUCCCACCGUCGGAAAGCUGAAAAGGCAGCUAGAAGAAGACAUAAAUUUCAAAGGCUCAGAAAGGAGUCUUCGACGAAUAAUUAAGACACUGGGGUUUCGGUGGAAAAACACUGAAAACAAUCGGAAAGUGCUAAUUGAGACUUCAAAUAUACGUCUGCUACGUAUUGAAUAUUUACGUAAAAUGAAUCAAUAUCGCCAAGAAAGAAGGUCUAUUGUUUUUACAGAUGAAUCUUACGUAGAUUCAUCACACUCUUCUUCAAAAGCCUGGACCGAUGGUACUACUAAGGGUCUCAAAAAACCAAUUUCAAAAGGGCAGCGAGUUGUCAUUGUACAUGCAGGGGCUGAAACUGGGUUUAUACCCCAUGCGUUACUUACUUUUAAAGCUGGCACCAAAUCAGGCGAUUACAAAGAUAAUAUGAAUUACGAGAACUAUGAAAAAUGGCUCAGAACUCAGUUAAUGCCUAACCUACCCCCAAAUUCCGUCGUGGUAGUCGAUAAUGCGGCCUAUCACAAUAAACAGUGGGAUCUUGCACCAACCUCUAAUUCCAAAAAAGCAGAUAUGCAAGCUUGGCUGACUGAAAAAGGUAUACAGUACGAGGGAACACUCCUUAAACCUCAGUUAUACAAUUUGAUCAAGGCAAAUAAGGAGCGAUUUAAAACAGUUUCGAUUGACCGAAUCCUAGCUGAACAAGGCCAUCAAGUGCUGAGAUUACCACCAUACCACCCAGAUCUAAAUCCUAUCGAAAUGGCAUGGUCCGAUAUAAAACAAUAUGUAGGUAGCAAAAAUGUGAAAUGGAGUAUUUCUAAAUGUAUAGAGCUAAUAGAAGAAAAAGUAUUACUAAUGGGUGAAUGGGAUUGGCAAAAGCUAUGCAAAAAGGUUAAGGAUAUAGAAGAGCAAUAUGCAAAAAGUGACCAUGUCGUGGAUUUAAUAACAGAAGAAUUCGUUAUUCGCGUUGAUGGGGAUAGUUCAGAGGAAAGCCUUGGUGAGUCUGAUAACGAUGACACUGUUAGUACCGAGGACCGAAGUAGCCCGGAGUCCGGGCCCUCAACAAGUAAAAAGUCUUGUCGAGUUACCAUUGAAGGCGUGUUACCAUUGUCUGAUUCAGACUAGACUAGAACUUACAUAUCUAGACUUACAUUUAUCUGAAUU